CUUCCCACCUUUGCAUCACUACAUACAUAAAUCCAAAUUUAUAAUUCGGAAUACCUAAAAACAACUUACACUAUUAAAUAUACAGAGAUUCUGGCACAGAAGAGAUCAGCAGAGAGAGAAAAAAGCCCAUAAAGACACCAAGAAAACAGACAAACCAGAAAGAGCAUAACAGAAAAAGUCAGAAACCAAACCACUGUCAAACCUGAGAUUAAAAAUCUUGUGGGUUUCUUGAAACUCUCCAAAAUUUCACUGUUUCCUAGGAGAAAGAUGAACAUGAAGAUGAUUAUUCUGGUACAGUUGAUGGUGUUCUUGAGUGUUAAAGCCCAGGAGAAGGCAUCUGCAGAAGAAGAAGAUACAGUGAACAAUUUUGAGCCCAGUUUGGCUGUUGUGAUUGGCAUACUGUCUGUUAUAUUUUCUUUAACUUUCUCUCUUCUUCUCUAUGCAAAAUUCUGCCACAGGCCAGCAUCUUCAUCUGUUCAUCACAGCAGCAACCUGAGGAUUCAAGAUGGGCUUGUGAGAUCAAGGUCUAGGUUCUCAGGGAUUGAUAAAACAGUGGUGGAAUCUCUGCCCUUUUUCAGAUUCUCCUCGCUCAAGGGGUCGAGGGAAGGGCUUGAAUGCUCGGUCUGCCUUGCUAGAUUCGAAGACGUGGAGAUUCUGAGGCUGUUGCCAAAGUGCAAACAUGCUUUUCACAUUGCCUGCAUUGAUCAGUGGCUUGAUAAUCACUCAACCUGCCCUCUCUGCAGGCAUAAGAUUCGCCCCGAAGAUCUUUCGACUCUGCAAUACUCAAACAGUCUGAGGUUUCUGGGGAGUUUGAGUUUGAAUUCCCAGUCUGAAUUGAGGAGAGAGGACUCCAAUCUUGAGCUUUAUAUUCACAGAGAAGAGAAUAUUAAUAAUUCCCAGUCCGGGUCUUCAAGAUUUAGCAUUCUCAGCAGCUUCAGGAAACCUGGUUCUCUGCAUAGUUUGAAUCAUAGGAUUAACAUUGUAUCCGAGGUUGUCCUCAAGAACAGGUGGAGCAAUGUCAGCUCCUCAGACCUCAUGUUCUUGAGCUCUGAAAUGAUCCAUGAUUUAGCCACCACCAGAUUCUCAUCCCUGGACAGAAACUCUGAUCCUUCCAUGGCUGCCAGGGUGAUUGAGGAACAAGAAAAUCCCAACAAGGGGGCAAUGAACAUCAAGGAAGAAAUCGAACGAAAAAGACAGUUCGAAAUUAAGAUCAAGCAGAACUAUGAUUCUUCAUUCCUUCCAUCAUCUUCAGAACCAAGAAUCCAUCCAAACGCUUCCCAGAACCAGAAGAGAUCCAUGUCAGAGAUAGUAACCCAUCCAAGAUUCAGAGACUUUAACUUCAAGAAUCAUAAAAAUGUUAAGGAGGAAAGGAGGAGAAAGGCUUGGCUUCCAAUUGCAAGAAGAACAGUUGAAUGGUUUGCCAACAGAGAAACAAGAUCCUCAAACACAAGACAGUCUUUAAAUGUAUAAACAAUAAUCUUACUAUAUUAUACUAUAAUGUUUGCACCCAGAUCUUGUAGUUUAGUUUAGCAGUUUAAACAUGUAGCAGAUCAGAAUGUUUCAUGUUCAAUUCUCAUUCUGUAUAUUGUAUUGUUCCAAUUUUGUUUUUCCCUUUUUAGGAUUAUAUAUUUCAAUCUUGAAGUA